AUGUCUCUGUUCGGUAUGUUUGGUGGGCAGCAGCCCCAGAAACCAUUCGCCGAGAUGACACAGGAAGAGCAGGCCGAGGCCGGGGCAAAGCAGAUGAUCGAGUUCAUGCAAUCAUGUCCCGGAAAAACUGCCAUGGCGGGGGUAACAGGUUUUGCCCUUGGUGGUUUUUUCGGUUUGUUCAUGGCUUCGAUGGCUUAUGAUGUGCCCGUAGGAACGGCAUCAGUGAACCAUAUAAGUGAACUUCCAUUCAAGCAGCAGAUGAAGCUCCAGUUUUCCGACAUGGGACGCCGAUCUUACUCAUCGGCCAAAAAUUUUGGUUACAUCGGGUUCGUAUACUCUGGAGUAGAAUGUGCCAUCGAGAGUUUGCGAGCCAAGCACGAUAUUUAUAACGGAGUCUCUGCCGGGUGUAUUACCGGUGCUGGACUUUCCAUAAAAGCAGGGCCUCAGGCUGCAUUGUUUGGAUGCGCUGGGUUCGCUGCGUUUUCCACCGCCAUAGACUUAUACAUGAGCAGCGAAAGUGCUGCUCCUCCCGCCAACGACUAUGACGAGUAG